UACUGACAGCCCGCUGCUGAAGCUCAAACACGGAGAACCGGAACCUUUAAACCUAAAUGUUUGGUUCUGAAGGAUGGAGGUCUUGUUUUACCUGCUCGCCUUCGCGCUGGCCCGGCUCGGUUCGGCUCUGGGCUCCAGCGUUCCGACGGGUCAGAGAGCGGCCAGCAGACACAGAAAUUGGUGUGCUUAUGUGGUGACGCGCACGGUUAGCUGUGUGAUGGAGGACGGAGUGGAGACGUACAUCAAACCAGACUAUCAGCGCUGUACCUGGGGCCAGUGUCCUCGAGUGGCUUACCGAACGUACAGGAGGCCGAGGUAUAAGGUGGCCUACAAGAUGGUGACGGAGAUGGAGUGGAAGUGUUGCCAUGGUUACUCAGGUGAAGACUGCCACCAGGGGCCUCAGGGGACCCCUGACACACGGGGCAACGGGGGCCAAAUUCAGACCACGCUGACUGGUUACAACACGGGGGAAGGGGACACGGACCGGAUCCGGCAGCUGGAGGAUACCAUCCGUGGUCUGACCAACAACCUCCACAACAUGCAGAACACCAUUCAUGGCAUCAACCAAAGGCUGCAUGGUUUGAGCGGAGCCUCCAUCGCUGCAGACUCAGCUCAGCCACACAUGAAGGAGACCAUCAACAGCAUCCAGACAAAGCUGGAUCAGCUCUAUAACAGAACACAGGUCCACGAUCAGACCCUGCUCACCAUCAACAACCACCUGGUGAACGGACGAGGCAACGAACUGGAUGGAGGGACUGUUGGAGGAGGUGGAGGAGGGGUGAACCAGCUGAACACACUGAAGGAGGCCAUACUCACAGAGCUGGAGAGGAGAGUGUCUCUAUCCUGCUCUGCCUGCCAGGUUGGUGCAGAGGACCUAAGACGGCAGCAAGCAAAGGACAGGGACCGACUCAGUGCCCUGGAGAAGCUGAUUGGCUCCAUGAACCAGCACUUCACCCACAACUUGGAAAAUACCCGCAGUGAAAUCGAACGGUCCCAAGCCUGCUGCAACACGGUCACCGAGCUGGAGAAGAGGCUCACUGAUGUAGACGUUCAACUCACGUCCACAUCAGACAAGUGUGACACCAUAAAAGGGCGGCUGGACAAGGAGCUUGUGGGGACAGGGGGAGGAAAGGGACGGGUUACUGAAGACCGGUUCAAUAGCAAGCUGAGGGAAAUAGAGAAGCGGUUGAAUAACACGGUGAGGAAGACGGAACAGAAAUGUACCAACACUGGAAACAAUGCGAAGGACUCCAUCCAGAGGGACUUCACCCAGCUGCGUAACAUCGUUCUCAGUCAGCUGGAUGACCACACCUUCAAGAUUGGAAAAAUAGAGUUGGAAGUGGCCGUUCUUGGAGACACCGUGACAGACCAUAUCAUACGUUUAGGCCACCUGGAGAACAUCACAUCCUUCCUUGACAGAAGGCUAACGUUGACCACUAACAUGUGCAACGAGACAUGUGGACGCAACGGAAAUGAGCGGACAGCUGAUGAGACUGUGAAAACCUUGCAAUGGAGGGUUGUGUCCAACCAGGAGGAGAUCAAGAGAUUUAACAGCACUUUGAGAAAUCUGUCUGAGACAGGAGACUCACUGAUUGAUAGGGUGCUCAAUUUAAACAAAAAUGUCAAAAAGAUCAUAGCUUUGACAGGGGAGAAUGGUGAGCGCUUUACCCGGAUCGUCACAGAGGUGGAAACGUUGGGCCGGGCCGUUGAGGACUGCUCUGUUUGCCGCAGGAUAGAGCAGAACUUACACUCGCUUUCCAACUUCACCAAGAACAAUCUCCACAGGUGCCAGACAGACCUGACAGAUCUGCGGAGGAAGGUCGAGUCAGGCGAAUCCUACUGCUCACAGGUUUGCUCCAACCUUCAGGAGGAAGUGGGACGACUUCGAGAAGACAUGGAGGAGUGUACAGGGCAGUGCAAGAUCAACAUCGAUGAUCUGAAGAAGCGUUUGGAUGGUCAUACCUUCCACAGUGGAAUGUUAGGAGGUGAUCUGAAGUCCAUCCAAGGAGAGCUGUCAGAGGUUAUGGUCAACUUUAACUCAAUUAAUAAUACGUUGAAGAACCUGGGAAGUACCUUACAGACACAUGGCAACACACUAACAGAUCUGACCAACAGCAAGGACAACACCGUCUCUGUGGUGAGCGACCUGCAGAAUGAGCUGGCAGAGCAUGUCGACGACACGAAGGCUCGGUUUGGAAAUCUGGACAAAGAGGUUCACAUCAUCAGGAAUAACUAUGUGACAGAGGUGCAGGAGUGCUGGCGGUCCAGCGACGGCCUGGACCAGAGACUCUCCAAGCUGGAGGGGGUCUGUGUCCGCCUGGACUCAUUUUCCGACAGCCUGGGGAGGCUCAAAGAGGGCCUGAACAGACAUGUGUCCGGCCUGUGGAGCUGCGUCAAUGAACUCAAUACCACGAUGACGUCUCACCGAGGUCUCAUUGACGACAUCCAGACGGUCCAGCUGGAGAACGUCCACUCCAGAAUACAUCAGCUGAACUCCUCAGUGCUGGACUUGGGAAGGCAGUUCCAUAUUUUCAGGAAUUCGAACGUUACUGGUCCACCAGGGCUUCGAGGAGAGAAAGGCGAGCCUGGACCCAAGGGUCCUGUCGGGCUGCAAGGGAGGAUGGGACCUCCAGGCAGAGAAGGCAAGCAGGGACCAGUGGGGCCCCCAGGUUUCCGAGGUGAACAAGGCCUCCCAGGCUCUGACGCCCACGUACCCCGUCUUUCUUUCUCUGCUGCUCUGACGCGUCCGAUGAAGAAGCCUGAAACCAUCAAGUUCAACAAAAUCUUUGUGAAUGAAAAUAAUGUCUACGAUCCAAACACAGGUAUUUUCACAGCUCCUGUGAGUGGAAAGUACUUCUUCAGUGGCAUCCUGACGGGUCACAAAAACAUGAAGAUCGAGGCUGUGUUUUCCAAGUCCAACACUGGUGUUGCCCGAGUGGAUUCAGCUGGAUACCAGCCUGAGGGCCUGGAGAAGCCCAUGGCAGAGGCCAAACACAUCCCUGGAGCAGUGGCCGUGUUUAACAUCAUCCUACCCUUGGAAGCUGGGGAAACCGUCUCUAUCGACCUCGUCACUGGCAAGCUGGCCUUCUCAUCUGAACCUUUGACCUUCUUCAGCGGAAUGCUGCUGUACGAGACCCUCUGA